AGGUAAAUAUUUAGUAUUUAACAAAGGCAGCGUAUACACGUGUUUGUAGCCGAUAACGGAAUUGGUGGAAAUUCUCAUUUUCUUAACUAAAUAAAUAAAAGAAUCCGACAAUGUAUUUAAUGUAUACUUUAAAUGAAAACGGUGAUCGAGUUUAUACGCUGAAUAAACGCACCGAACUGGGACUGCCAACAACGUCAGCGCAUCCAGCACGAUUUUCACCAGAAGAUAAAUAUUCCAGGCAUAGGCUGACGAUUAAAAAGCGUUUCGGACUCCUACUCACACAAAAACCACAACCUGUUUAUUGAAUAAAUUUAUCUUUAAGUGGCAGAAUUGUAAAAACAAAGGCUUCGUUAAUAUAAUAAAAUUAGAGUA